GAGCUAGCUGCAAGAUUAGUGGUCGGCAAGAGUUUGAAGUGGCGUUGAUGUGACAAACGAUCAUGUUUCGCGGCAUGACUCACCGCACAGAAUCCAGACGGUGUAUACUUGACGCUGCCGUGUCAUCCUAGACCAAAACGCUCUAAUCUCGCCCACCGAAACAGCAGACUAUUGUGAUGUCGGAGCCCAAGCCUCCUACUCCAACCCCUGGAGACACAUACAAGGGAUGGCUUUUCAAAUGGACUAAUUACAUAAAAGGUUACCAGAGACGCUGGUUUGUUCUCAGCAAUGGGUUGCUGUCGUACUACAGGACUCAGGCGGAGAUGGGUCACACGUGUCGGGGCACCAUUAACCUGGCCACGGCCAACAUUGCCGUGGAGGACUCCUGCAAUUUUGUCAUUUCCAAUGGAGGAGCUCAGAUCUAUCACCUGAAGGCCAGCUCUGAAGUGGAGCGUCAGAGGUGGAUCACUGCCCUGGAGCUCGCUAAAGCAAAUGCCGCCAACAUGCAAGAUGAAUCCGAUGACUCUGGGGAUGAUUGCUCAACAAUUGCACCCGUCCCAGGACAAGGUGGAGGUGGUCGGAACUCAGAACUGCAAUCCACAUUACGCACCUUAAACAGCAAGGUGGAGGAUCUCUCCACCUGCAACGAUUUAAUUGUCAAGCACGGCUCUGCCCUUCAAAGGUCUCUGUCAGAGCUGGAGGGAUUGCGUGCUGGAGCCGACAUGGGGGAAAAGAUCAGACAAGUCACAGAGAGGGCCACACUGUUCCGGAUCACCUCCAACGCCAUGAUCAACGCAUGCAGGGACUUCCUGUCACUGGCUCAGAGCCACAGUAAGCGCUGGCAGAAGUCCUUGCAGUCCGAAAGAGACCAGAGGAUUCGUCUGGAGGAGACUCUGGAGCAACUAGCCAAACAACACAACCAUCUAGAGCGAGCUUUCAGAGGAGCUACAGUUCUCCCCUCUUCGUUCAGUAAUCCCAGUUUAGGCAGCAAAGACGGUCCCUCAGGAAAAGGAGAUGCCAGCGAUGAAGACGAUGAUAAUGAGUUCUUUGACGCCAUGGAAGACCCGGCUGGGUUUAUUACUGUUCCUGCUGACCCGAAAUAUCACAGGCGAUCUGGCAGCAACAUCAGUGGUUUCAGCACCGAAACUGGAAUGGACGAUCAGUCGUAUGAUGAUGUGUCUUUGGCAUCUAACGCGGAGUCUCCUCAGCCUCCUGAGCUUGAACCGGUCAGACAAAGGCGAACCCGCAUCCCAGACAAACCCAACUAUUACCUGAACCUGUGGAGCAUCAUGAAGAACUGUAUCGGAAAGGAGCUUUCAAAGAUACCAAUGCCUGUGAAUUUUAACGAGCCCCUGUCCAUGCUGCAGCGUCUGUCUGAAGAUCUGGAGUAUUAUGAGCUCCUGGACAAGGCUGCUAAAUGUCAUAGCUCUUUAGAACAGAUGUGUUACGUAGCAGCGUUCACCGUCUCGUCCUACUCCACCACCGUCCACCGCACCGGAAAGCCUUUCAAUCCUCUGCUCGGAGAAACGUUUGAGCUCGACCGAUUAAGAGAAUGCGGCUACCGCUCGCUCUGUGAACAAGUGAGUCACCACCCGCCGGCUGCAGCGCACCAUGCCUUCUCUGAAAAGGGCUGGACACUCAGACAGGAGAUUACAUUGGCCAGCAAGUUUAGAGGGAAAUAUCUCUCCAUCAUGCCUCUGGGCUCCAUCCAGUGUUUAUUUGAUAAAAGCAACAAUCACUACUCUUGGAAAAAAGUUACCACAACAGUACACAACAUAAUUGUCGGGAAAUUAUGGAUCGAUCAGUCAGGGGAGAUAGAUGUGAUAAACCACAAGACGGGUGAUCGCUGUCAUCUAAAGUUUGCGCCAUACAGUUACUUCUCCAGAGAUGUUCCUAGAAAGGUGACAGGAGUAGUGACCGAUAAGGAGGGAAAGGCUCAUUAUGUGCUCUCUGGAACGUGGGAUGAAAAGAUGGAGUUUUCCAGGAUAAUGCAGAGCAGUAAAGGCGAGAAUGGCACUGAAGGCAAACAGAGGACGGUCUACCAGACGCUCAAAGCCAAAGAAAUCUGGAAGAAGAACCCUUUACCUGAAGGAGCAGAGAAUAUGUACUACUUCUCCUCACUCGCUCUGACCCUCAAUGAACCCGAAGAGGGAGUGGCGCCCACAGACAGCCGUCGACGCCCUGAUCAACGAUUGAUGGAGGAAGGCCAGUGGGAUGAGGCGAACGCAGAGAAACAGAGGCUUGAAGAAAAGCAGCGCUUUGCCCGUCGGGAGAGGGAAAGGGAAGCAGUUAAAGCAGUCUCCUUAGAUGAGGAAGUUGUCACUGUGGAUUCAGUCAAUGACUCAGCUCUGAAAACUGACACACAAGAGUCCGCAGCAACAGAGAGUGAAAUUUCAAGUGAAACUGACACAGAAGACUCUCCCCCUCAAACGCCAGUUCCAUCCCAUUUUGGACCAUCACAGUUCCCAUACUCAAUGGAAGGAAAGGAAAGCCUCAAUGGACCUGCAGCCAAAAGCACCCAUCAGGACAACUACCAACCGCUGUGGUUCAAGAAUACUGAAGAUGCUGUAUCCGGAGAGACGUUGCACGUCUACAAGGGGGGGUACUGGGAGGCCAAAGAGCAAGGACUGUGGGACAUGUGUCCAGAAAUCUUCUGAACCUCACCUAGUCAAUUGUAGUUAUGUCCAAUAAAGCGAGGCUCAGUGGCACGACGUCGAUCUGGUCUAAACGUCUCUGGUUUCAUCCAAUUAGCCCCUCCCCCAGGAUUAUGCUCGUCUUUACUCAUGGUAGAUGCUCAUGUGGCUUUGUUGUCACUAGUACAACUGGUUAGCUUUCACUGCCCCAAAAGUACACGGAUGUGUUCGCUCCCAGUUUAGAUUUUUGUGAAGUCAUCCUAUGUUUUCCUUACAACACCAGACAGUAUGUAAAGUUUGAUUAAUGUAUUUUUGGUUCUCAUUAUUAAGCAAUAUAUUGAUUAUCUUACUGGUAAAUCAAGAAUUUAUUCAUUUAAGUUUCACAUACACAACAUUCAGAAGUUUGAACAGUUAAACUCCAGCUUUGAAGAAAGUAGACACACAAGCCUUGGGUUUAUUUUGUAUUGUUUUUGUGUAUAAAUUUACAAUCAUGUUGUUUAUUUCCUCUGUGAAUUAAUUUUCGUCUUGCCUGAACUCUUUGUUUUAUAGAUAAUUCCUACUGUUGUCUUUUGUUGUCGUAAUUUAAGUAUUUAAAUCUUCAAAGAAUCCUGAUUAAUCAAAUUUUCUUUGUUUAUUCUGCAGAUUAUUGUUUAAAAUAACAAUUUUUGAACACUGUUUAAAGAAUAAUGAAAAUGUCACUGCCACAAAGGUCCACAAAGCAUUUCCAAACUUGUUUUUAUCGUUUGUUCUUCCUUAAAUCUCAGACUAAAACUAUUACCACACGCACAAAGGCCUUCCUACAAUCAACUAUUAUAUAUUCUUUGUAUUAUAACUCAUUGUAUACCUUAAGAGGAAAAAUGUGUAUUUGCUGAUUAACCCUGAUUUUUCUAAGCAAAUGGAUGAAAAACAGCUAUUGAAAAAAAUUGUAAUAAUUUAUGAUUUAUGAAUUUAUGAUUAAAGAAACACCAAACAA